AAAAAAAUCUUUACAAAAAGAAAGAAAACAUAGAAACUAGAUUUGGAUGAUGAAACUGAAUUAUGUGAUGAUAUUUAAUCUGUUUCAACAAUUACAAAUCUAAUCGAAAAAAAUCAUAUAAAAAAAAAUUAAAUAAAUUUAAAACAAAAAUCUUAGAAUUAAUUUCGAGAAAAAGAAAAAAAAAAAUAGAAAAAACAGAGGCGGAGUCAGGCUCAAUACGGUGUCGUCUCGUCGGCGAUCGGGAGUUGUUGUAGGGUGGUGACUGAGUGAGGAGAUGAGGUUUUUGAGGAGAAUAGCUGGUUUUCUAGGGUUUGUUAAGGAUGAUGGCCAUGAAGUUAAGGAUGAAGAAGACGAUGACGACGAUGCUGCUCACAAUACUUCUUCUCAAGCUCGGAAUCGGACCCAUUUCAAAGAAAGUGGGCUUCCGCGAAAAGGAUUUAGUGUACCGGUUCAGGUCUCUGUCGAUCGAUCUCUGCCUGGUCCAAUUCUUGCUCCUUCUGAUUCUGGCGAUGGUGGUGUUCAGGGUCUCAAAUGGUACGCAAAACGAUUAAGGAUAGAUGAAGAUGGAGAUGUAGCAGACGAGUUCAUUGAUGAAGUCACCCGGGAGUCAUUAUCGAUGAACACAGAACACGAGAAGAAGCCAUUGCCUAAGUUCCAAGCAAAAUAUGGCACUAGGCCCGCCAAAGUUCAGAAACAGGUCGUAUUGCCUAAUGGUAGACUCCAACAAUACGUGGAGCACCAGGGUAGACUCCAAUUGGUAUGAUAACAAUUAAUCUUACACCAAAAAAUGAAAAAAAGUAAAAAAAAGAAAAGUUUCCAGCAUGAUUGCGUCUCUCCGAUUGUUCUUGGCAAUGGCUCCAUUGUCAUGUGUUUGUGUUUUCUGCUGGUGUAACUUGUUCAUGGGCCAAUAUUAUAUUGAAAAAUAUAUAUAUCAGUGUUGAUAAGUUGUUUGUGGGAUUAGUAGUUGAUUCCUUUUUGCUGAUAUUGGUUUGUACUUUCUUUGUAGCUGCUUUUUUCUUCAAUGCACGGAUUGUAUGUAACCCAUUUCAUUUAUAGUUCACUGAUAUACACCAUC